UUUUCCUUCUGAAAGACUCAAAGCCAACAUAGCUUCCUCCUGACACAGCACACACGCGCUGACUGAAUUAACCUCUUCUUUUAUUUAUCUUCUUCUUCUUCUUCUUCAAUGUUAACAGAGUUUUUGUACUAUUAAUCCGUAACUCUCUCUUUGUUUAAUCUCCAUUCUACUCUGUAAAGAAGACCUAGUUUUUAAAUCUCUGAUCCAUUAAUACCCUUUGAGAUAUUAUUAAUAAUUAUAUGCAUGUUUUUAAUUAAAAAAUGGCAUCAAUCUCUUCUAGUCCUCGCACUGUAGAAGAGAUCUUUAAAGACUAUAACGCUCGUCGCUCUGGCCUUGUUCGCGCUCUCACUUACGAUGUCGAUGAAUUUUACUCUCGAUGCGAUCCAGAAAAGGAGAAUUUGUGUUUGUAUGGACACCCAAAUGAAUCAUGGGAGGUGACACUACCGGCGGAGGAAGUUCCUCCGGAGCUCCCAGAGCCAGCAUUGGGUAUCAAUUUUGCAAGAGAUGGUAUGCACCGCAAAGAUUGGCUUUCACUUGUUGCUGUGCAUAGUGACUGUUGGCUGCUUUCUGUGGCAUUCUACUUUGGGGCUCGACUUAAUCGCAAUGAGAGGAAGCGUUUAUUUAGCCUGAUAAAUGAUCUACCUACCCUCUUUGAUGUUGUAACUGGAAGGAAGCCAAUAAAAGACAAACCUAGCAUGGAUGGUGGAAGCAAAUCUAGGAAUGGCACAAAGAGAUCAGUGGAUGGACAAGUGAGAAAUAAUGCCAAGAUACUUGAUGAAAAUUACGCAGAAGAUGAAGAUGAGCAUGGUGAGACUCUUUGUGGGAGUUGUGGAGGGACAUACAGUGCUGAUGAGUUUUGGAUUGGUUGUGAUGUAUGUGAACGGUGGUACCAUGGUAAAUGUGUGAAGAUAACACCAGCCAAGGCCGAAAUGAUCAAGCAGUACAAGUGCCCUUCUUGCAGCACAAAGAAAGGAAGGCAGUGAUAGACCAAAGUAGAGACUUGGCGAGGCAGUGCUUAGCCUCGUUGUCUUGCAUACAGCCCGUAGUUAAUCGUUUUCUUUCUUUCUUUCCUUUUUUUUCUUUUUCUUUUUUUCAUGGGGAUAAAAGAAAGGUGGUUCUUGGCUUGUUGGUAGAGUAGUGUUUAAUCAAAAACAGAUGUUUUCUAGUGAUAUUUUGAACUUGGAGAGGGCUUCACACUUGAAAUUGCACGACUUAAGACUUUCCUUCGUGAUA